AUGGACAAUUCGGGAAAAUGCGACCCUUGUCUCGUGAAUGUGGCAAUAGAAGUACAUACUGCCGGGGGUUCAACGAUUGACAUGGAUUAUGCACAGGUUUUAAUGCGUGCUGAAAGCGAUAGAGCAAGUGCCGGACGCACAAAAGACAUGGAUAUUACAUUGUGUGCGUGUGUUGGCCGUAAAAAGCAAAUGUUUACCAACAAAAUGAAUGUCACGUUCCCUCGACAUCCAUCGGUUAUAAAAGUUUGGAUCUAUGUUGAGCAUAACAUCGGUGACUGA